AUGUCCGAGCACUGGAAUAGCACGUCGAAUUGGCAGCCGCCGAGGAGACACGACGAACCGAAGCCGAUCCCGAUCCCAACGAAUUCCGGCAGCAAGCACAUCGCUUCGCCACGCAGCGAAUCGUAUGGAGGUGGCUCGCUGCCCCGGCAGGUUGUCGAGAAUAUCCUGCACGGAUCGCCGUGCACCCCAAAACAGCCCGAAGUCUUCCAUGCUGUCGAGAAUCCGUUUAUGCACAAAAAUGUGUGUAUUCCCCAGCCGCAGCCGUAUCCUCCACAGGCCGGUAAUUUGCUGCCCGGAACACCGGAAGUGCCGAUGUUCCUGAACACAUUCACACCGAUGGGUCACACUACCUGGAAUGGUCUGCCCACGAUGGGUCCUCGUCCGAUGGGCGGUCAGCCGCAACAGGCCCCGGUGUCGCCUCCGCAUCAGCAGCUCUCGCCAGCCCAUGGCAUGCCCUUCUCGGCGCUUUCACCAA